CUAACACAAUGCGAAUGAAGAUCAAUUUUGAAUCAAUUUUCUAUUUCACUUAUUCCCAAUACGUCUUAUAAUAACUAGAUAGGUAUAUAAUAUCCAGAAAUAUCAUCUGGCUUUUGUACCUUCGCAACGAAGAGACGUUUAUAUGUCCAAGGUCCAAGCCUGGUCCUAGGAUUGUUACUAGUAUGCCAACCAACGAUUAACUCAUUAUCAACAUUCAAGCAGAGCUUACUACCCAUACUACAUACUAGCUAGGUACGCUAAAGGUCUUCCGAUUAAGUUUCUAAAUGACUUCUGGCAAGAUGCCUCUCAUUUUAGAAAAUCCCAUGGGUGGAGAUGCAAUGCAGGUGGAUUUAGAAGACGUCGAUGACUUAUUUGGCGAUGCGGCCGCCCUCUCCCUCCCAACACGGCCAGCCAGCAAACGAUUACGACAAAGAUUAGAUGACCUCCGCCAACGAGGUUGCUGCCAGGGAAUCUCCUGGUCCAAAGGAGGGACUAUUGCUUCUAUUUCACCUAAUGGCCAAGCGCUAGAAUUACGAUACAUCCAGGCUAAUGAGAAGGAUGCCACCUUUGCCUUAAGUGAGCCCAAUAUCAUCUCACCAUGGGCAGCCCUUCCAGGAGGCCCCCUCGUUCAUCUCAGUUGGGGACCCAUCAACUCGGAACUCGCAGUUAUAGAUGCUGCUGGGAGAGUUCUCAUACUCAACUUCAACGGAAAUCUAAACCGCCCAACAUUGACUCGGAAAUGGGACAGCGAUUCUAUCGAUGAUGCACAGGCUAUCGUCGGUACCUUUUGGCUGCAAAAUUUACAAGUCACAAAAUCGAGAACACCCCCGUAUACGCCAUCUUAUGCCCCAGCUGUCCGGAACGGCAAUGGAAACAAUUACAAUUUCCAGAUGUCCCCUAUCCUCAACACUGGCCCAUGGCAUCCUCAUCCCAACAAAUCUGCGCUAAUCUCUAUUACCACAUCCGGCAUAUUUAAAAUGUUUUGGGGUCAGAAUAAUGGAAAAGUUGAGGAGACGACUCUAGAGCUCGAGAAUGUCACAACUGCAGAUGAUUUGAUCACCCACGCCGCAGUAUGUUCCGAUAAGACUAACACACUCAUGAUCGGCAUGGCAACUGCGUCCAAGCAGCUACGUGUUGUCCAAGUUGUUGUCAACUGGAACGUCCCCAAGCCCGACGGCACCCAAAAUGUCCCCGCUGGGAGUCAAAUGCUGAAUCCAACACUGUUGAAGAGGCAUGUCGCAAUUACUAGCUGGUUCCAACCAAGCUAUAGUAAUUCACACCUUGAUGCAUCCAUAUCAAAGAUUACCCAUGUUGAAAUGCUACCUUCCAUACACAAUACAUCGACGAAGGAGUGGUCACCAGCAGUUAUACUGACAGUACGAUCAAUCAUACCCGAACAGAAUUCCCCUUACGAACAAGAAAUCCAAAGCAUCAUAGACCGCUGGGAACUCUUACCAGAUCAGCAACAAUCACUCCAUUCCGCCUUUGAGCAAUUAGGAGCUAGGAGAAAUAGUGUCGGGUCGACGCCACCGCACGGUAGUAGACUUAGGAAGCUAGACUCUGUCGUAGUUCAUAAGAUCAUCAUCGGGGUCACUCUAAUUAAUUUCGGGAAGGUUUUAUGCAUCGGUUACAACGACGGCAGUGUGGAUUAUCGAGACCGGUUCACCAUGGCCGAGUUAUACCGUGAGCCUAACCUAGAUCGUAUCAACUCUAUACUCGAUGUUGGUUUCUCACAAAGUGGAGAGCCGUCAUGUCUUCAAAUGGCCCUUUCCCCAACGAAUUUCUCGUUGGUCCAAUUAUGCGAAGAUGGCCAGGUGAAAUGGAAUAGCAUAAACUAUACUCUAUCAGAUAUAGAAUCUAUAACCGACAGUCAAGUUUCCGCCCUGGUUGCUAGCUUCACAAUAUCGACAGCCCAAGCUGCCACGGUUAAUACGAAUAUCGAUGACAUUCUAGCAGUAGCUAGGAAGUUUGCCAGCAAAGAUGCUUUUGCAAUCGAUUGGGUAAAAGCCAUGGUACAGAUGAUGAAAAUUACUGUCGAUUAUACGGAGGAUGCUCCUCAUGAUCAUCUAAUCAAGAAUGGUAUCUUGCAAAUGUUCCUCAGUGUCAGCAACUACCUCGGAUGGAGAGGCAACUUCCAACCCCGACAACCCUGGGGAAAGCUAGCCAUGCUAGCUCUGAACCUCCGCAAUAUAGUGAUCAUGAUUACUCUGUCGAGCAAUACCAUAAACAUGAACAAGACCACUAUGAACCCUCUCGACGAGCCUGACGUCGUCAAUGCAUUGGCAGGCUGCGUGAAGUGGGCAACUGACUUACUUUGCUGGCUAUCGGACUCACUGUUCUGCCUCUUUGACGAUGCCAAGUUUAUGGGUCUCCUAAAGCAUACUCAGACGGUACCUAUGAUGAUGUACCUACAGUCGCAGAACGAAAUUGCAUUGCAUCUAGUUCUAUGUUCGGCGACGCGCGGUCUACUCUCGGCCGUGUGUCGCCGAAUAACACUUCUUGAUUCGUUCUCGACCCGAGCUAUUAGUUGGUACGAAACUCGGGAGAAGUCCAACGCAAAUAACAAUUCGAACACGGCUCCUGACCCUCGUGCUACUGCCCAUGCGGCAUUAUAUACCGCAUACCAGAGGAUACGUCAAUAUACGUCGUCGUCGCUCAUAAAGGCUGAUGAAUUCGACAAGCUUCUCACCGGCCUAGGUACUGAUAUACGGUCGGCUUACACCAGCGCGCUUGCGGUUCUCGGGGAGCAACCUAGGGCUAACAACCAGUCGAAUGCACCUAAAUCUGACGCGUCUCAAGAAGCCAUCGCCCGUGGACGCCAACACUGUGAGCUUAGCAUGCUUCUUCUGCAAGCGCCCCCGCCAUUUUUUGUCUCCGUCGUGGAUAGGUUUUUCAAUAAAGAUCUAAAGGAGUUUAGAGCGCGCUCCGAUGUUGCAAAGUUGUAUUUUGCCGAUUACUCAAUCCUUGAGAUUAACGAUGGGCCUCGUACGCUAGAAAGAAGGAGGACCAGGGGCACCCGGGUGGAUCUCUUCAAGAGAGUAGAAAUCUCGAGGAAAGCAAGUCGUGUUUCCGGGAACAACAACAAAAGCCAGAUUGCCUGGAGGGUAUGUGCGCGUUGUGCGAGUGUGAUGGAGGACCUCCCUUUCAUUAACAGCAAACCGGGUCUGUCAUUCCUGCUUCGCCAGCAGUUUCAAUGUUGCUGCGGUGGGCGAAUGGCUAUUAUGACGCCAGAAGAAGCAAGACAUAAUUAGGAAUACCCACUGAUGUGGGAGAAAUACUAGGCAGUGCAUAUGGCGCACCGUCUUCAAUAUCAUUCUUCUCCCAC